GGGCGGCGCGGUGCCGGGCGGCAGUCGGUAUGGCCGCGCAGCCCCCGCUCGGGCCGCGGAAGCGGAGCGGUCCCGCGUUGUGCGGGGCGGACUGGGCGCGGGGUCCCGCUCCGGCCGCGGCGCUGGGGAACGGCCUCCCGCCCAGCAAGCGCCCCAAGGGGCCGGCGGGGGUCGGGGCGGCGGCGGCGGCGGAAGACCCCUUCGGGGACAACGACGACUUCACGGCGGACGAUCUGGAGGAGAUCGACACGAUCGCUUCGCAGGCGCUGUCUCAGGACGCCGCCGGCCGGGCCCCGGCCCCAGCGAGCCGCCCGCAGAGCGCGUGGGGCAGCGCCGCGGAGCCCGGAGCGGGCGGCGGUGCGGGCAGCGCCCAGCUGCGAGGGGCGUUCCAGCUGCAGGUGCUGCAGGCACAGCACGAGGACACCCGGCGGAAGCUGAAAGAAACACAGGAGGAAAUUCGUACUAAAAAUGGGGAAAUCAAAAUUUUGCGCGACUCAAUGCAGCAGAUGGAGCAGGCUAUGGAGGAGCAGAGAAAGUCGUACGUGCUAUUGGAGCAGCAGCAAUCUCAGACCCUCAGUGAAAAAGAGAGAGAGUUCUCCAAAAAGAUACUGUCACUGCAGUCAGAGUUGCAGUUCAAAGACGCAGAAAUGAAUGAAUUAAGAACACGACUUCAGAACUGCGAAAGAAGCAAACACGUAACUCAAGCAGCUGUCACACAAAGUAGCCCUAAAAAGCAUUUUGCAAUCCAGAUGAAAUCAGAAGGAUGUCCUCCGCAGCCUGCAAGAAGAUCUUUUCCUACAAAAGAGUCUUUCAAUGCUGAAACUGCUGCCAGACCCUCUUCUUCUUCAGGAAGCUGGUUUGCACAGCCAGUUUCCAGCAAAGAAGACAGUAAGGUGCCCCUUCCUGAGUUGUUAUCCACAAAGCAAGAAGCAGUGGGAAAAAAUGGUUCUUGCAAUUCUGUACAUCAACAAAACAUUCAAGUGGAUGGAAAAGCUCCUCCAAAGACAAUCUCUCCAGGUUCUGCCUUACUGAGUGCACUGCUGAAGCAGCCCCUUGUCUCUGGGUCGUUGCUAGGACUCUGCCAUCUUCUCAGCAGCAAUUCUGAGGCUCUGCCGGGAGCUCUGCUGCAGCCCGACCUUCUGGAGACGCAGUGCACGCAGGUGCCCAGCAGCAGGACGGCCCAGGAAGAAGAUGCUCCCCUUGUGUCCCUGCAAGAAGCUCAGAAACUUGCGCUAAUGGGACUGAACUUGAUUGCUAUGGACGAGGGAAGCCCAGCGGGAAGUGGGAGCGAGGUCUUGUAUUUGAAACGCUGCAAGAUCCGAGGAGCUGUGCAUCUCCUGCCCCUGGUGGAGCACCACAUUGGUGCAUACUGUCGGGCGGUACGAUCGGCGGACAAGUCAGUAAAUGGUUCUUGUGGAAACCAUCCAGUUGUUUCUUCCAGAGCCAGCACAAAUAAGGUGUCGAGUAAGGAGGACUUCAGGUUGUCUCUUGAAGAAACGACGGUUCUGUCGCUAGGUAUUCUUUAUUAUUUGGCAUUUUAUAGCUGGGACGUUGUGCACAUAUUGCUGUCUAAUGAGGUGGAAAGAAGUUCUAGUGUUGGAGAAGAGCAGAUUUCCAAGAUGGACAGAAACGGACCGUGUGAUAACAAAGAAGAUGGCAGGACACAAGGAGAGCUGCCUGAAGCUCCACAAGAUGCUGCUAGUAAUGUUCAAGCACAACAUCCUUUGUUCAAAAAGCUGCUCCAGGUUUUAGCUUUUUCUGCCACAACAGGCUCCCGGGCGGAUAGCAUACUGCAGCAAAGCCUGAAAGUCCUGGUAAAACUAGCUGAAAACUCAACGGUGGACUUGCUAAUAAACAGACUUUACUUCUGGCGUGUGAGUCGAGCCUGCCUUUGGAAUGGCUUGAGAAGUUUUCAGCACCUCCUGAGCCACCAGGUGCUGCUGCGCUGCCUGUGCCCGGCGGUCCCUCUGCACGCUGUUCUUUUGACCGUGAAGCUGUUGUCCAUACUUGCUCAACACCACCUGCUGGCUGCUCAACUUUGUUCCCAUUCAGAUACCUGCCUUCUGCUUGCACUGUACAUGUACAUCACGUCAAGACCGGACAAAUCGGCCCCUGAGGUGCAUUGGCUGCAGCUGGAACAAGAGGCUGUCAGGCUCCUGACCCGGUGUGUGCGGUGCUCCAGCCCAACAGUUUUGCCCCCUGCUGCACACUGCCAGUGUAAUCUGGAGGUGGUUAAGGCACUGAUAAUCAUGUUGCACAGGCAGUGGAUGAAGAUGAGAAGAUCUGAGAGCAGCUUGUGUGCACAUAAGGAGCAAAUCGUUCAGUUUUUACGGGACGCUGUUUUACUCUUGCACAGCCUAUCUCAGAAAGACAAACUGUUCCACGAGCACUGUUUGGAAGUUCUCCAUCAGUAUGACCAGGCUGUGCCAGGCAUAAGAGCCAUCCUCAGAAAAACUAAAAAGCUGAGCGCCCGCGAAGAGCUGAUUUUGGAUGAGUUGUAUCCUCCUGAGCCAGAGGCAGAAGAUCAAGGAAUGGACUCCAGUUAACCAACGUGUGGCAGGGAUCUCUGCCCUUACUUUAAUCAUCAUCAUCGCUGCCAGAGUCGAUCUGAUCUAAAUCAGCUGUUCUCCUAAGAGACAACUCAAAGGUUGCUCUGCAGUGCAGCACAACUAAAACACAAUUCUUUGUUGCCAUCACUUUACUGAAGUGCUAUCCAAAUGUAGCUGAAAACAAAGAAAUUGUGAUGUGAGGGAAAAAAAAAAUGAUACUGCCACGUACUGUUUUGCUGUGCAAAACCACUGAAAGGAUGAAUUUAGGAAUGGUUCUGUGCACGAGCAUCAACCUUCAUGAAACUGCUGUGAAUGGAAUGGAAUGGAAUGGAAGCCUUACUCUGCGUUCCCCAUGUUACUGUGGCUGCAGCUGCAUUUAUGCUGAAUUGAUGAUGCUGAAUGUCCUGAGACAUUUGGGGUCACUGGGUUCCUAUGCAAGUCUUGUGACAAUAUUUGUGGUUUCUUUUGUAGCUGUAACACUUCCUUGCUUGAGAUCCCUAACUUUUGUGUUGAUAUUAGUAAAUGGUUUACUGUGAUUUUUAAAAAAAUAAUGGUAGAGGUAAGUUACAGUUGGCAGUUCAGUACUGAGCCAGAAGUUCAUAAAAGGCCUCCAGGCUUCCAUAAAAGUCCAUCAGCAGAGUUCACUCCUUUUUCCAGUUUCAUGAAUGUGCUGAAAGUACAACUAGGGAGAUGCUCCACCACCAGCUGCUAGAACUUAGAGAACUUAGGUGCCGUAUGCUGAGGAGAGCGCUGUCUUACUACGCAAAAGAGGUUUCAAUCUCUGCAGGCUGUUUCCUGAGUUGUUGCAGCGUCCGGAUCUGUGCUGUAGUAAAAUUGAAUGAGCAGCUAAUGUCCAGAAUAUGGCACAAAUGAUUGGAGGAAUUACUGUUGCUGUGCCCUUCCAGGGUGUUGAUUACCAUAGUGGGCUGCAGUUAGCAGCUGAACCCUAGACCCUAAAAUCAGGAGUGUUUAAGUGCUACUAAAAUAAGCCCAUAGGUUUGUGGUGCGGCUAUGGGGCGCCUCAAAAGAAGGAACAAACCCUUCUUCAGGCCAACAAUGACCUUAUAUAGCAUUUAUAGGGAAGUGAGUAAUUAAGUACAUAGCUGGUAAACUUAUAAACAUCAGUCCUAGCUUUCAGCCACUUUGUUUUUAUGCAGUAUGUGCUUCCUUACGAAAAGGAAAAUGUGUGUCACUUUUUUAGUGGUUGUGAAGGGAAUGACUGUUUUCUAUUCCUAGAUUUUGCAGUUAAUGGGCUUUAUAUUACAGCUGAGUGAAUUGUGAUGGCAUAAAAUCCUGCAGCAAGGGAAGAGGGACUCCUGCCAAGACAGAAUGUAGGUGUGGCAGAAAGAGCACUGCUAGGUGCGCUCUUAGGUUAGAACUUAGUAUUAAGGUGAUAAAGCAAUAGUGAAAAGCCUAUCAAUUACUAUUUUUAUCUGCUGUGUAACUAAACUAGCACUAUCCCUUCCUAUACUUUCCUCUUGGGGAUGUGGGAAGCAUAUGAGCACUGUGGGGCCAGAGCAAGCUGUAGAGCACUCGCCUUCCCAGUGCCUCUCCCGGGGGUUGGAGGGGUGGUGGCAGGAGAGGCAGGGUGAGGGCACGGCUAGAGGUGCUGUGCCACAACUCCAGCUGGUCUCAGUUGGUUCCCUCCACCUCCUUUCCUUAGGGCACUGUCUGGGUAGGGCUGGAUGUGCCCCGGAAUUUCUUUUGCACCAAGAUGUAAGCCCUGCUCAAAUCUCCUUACAAGAUGUGGAGCAGAGACUGUGCUGCAGAGAGGACCCUUCCAGGCUGAGCUUUCCUCCCCUCGCAGCCCUCGUGGUGAGGAUGGCACGCAGGCUGCGCAGCACCAGGCGCGCGUCGCCUCCUGCAGCACUGGUGCACAAGAGGCCCCUCCUGCACCAGCAUCCAAACCAGCCUGGCUCCAAGGCCCGGAAUGAAGAGGAGAAGCCGUACUACAGAGGGAGGUGGGCCCUUGGAAAAUUGGGAAGCGUCCAGUCCUCUGGUCUUAACCCAAAAAAGGCUGCGUCGUACCCUGGCGUGCCUGGGCAGGGAGCCCUGCGCUGCAUGCUGAGCAUGCUCUUGGCUGGGCUCUUGCUUUUGAAGAGAACUUUCCCAGGAACAGCUGUGCAGGAAUAACCAGAGCAGUCAUCCAGCGUCUCCCUCAGGCCAGAGCUGCUUGGCUUCCUCCACCCGCAGCACAGGGACAGAGCUCUGCCGGGCAGGGGCUGCUGGGCACUGUGACAAAGCCUGUCUGUGAGAUGCUGUGUGUGGCACUCAUCCCACUGAGAAGGGCAAACAGAGCUGUCCUGCCGAGAUGCCAUCGUUGCACCGCCCCGGAGUGCAGCACCAUCCGUUUUUAAUUACUCGCUGCUGUUCUCACCGCCCGAUUUCUACAAGUACGUUUUGAGUAUGCAGAGGAACUUAAAUGAUGGACUUAAAUCACUUCUGAUACAAUGAACUGUUGGAGGAGUUUGGACUACAAGGAGUUAAGGAAUCCCAACUUGCUGAAGCAGUUCGAAGUUAUAAAAACUGUUUUAAAAAAAAAUUCCUGGCUUCAUCUCAAGGACAACUCGGUAAAAGGGAGAUGUGCAUUACUGCUAAACUUGAUAAAAACAAGUGUUAUCUGCAGAGAAAGCAAUAGGAAAAGACUAUGAAUUGUUCCCUUGUGGAUCCCCUGGCAUCCCCCAGCACACAGACAGUGCCCUCACAGCUGGGCUGCCAUGGCCUUCUCCCUGCUCUGGGCUCUGAAGUGGAAGUCUGGAGGCCGUAAAAACCCGUGAAAACCCGACUUCGUGCCCUUAGAAGUAACGUCACGGGAUGAUGGGAUGGAGCGGGAGCUUCUAAAACUGAAGUUAAUGCUGCUAAGACAAAAGGGAAGCUGCUCGCUGUACGACCUCAAAGUAACGCAGCUCAGAUUGCUCUCAUCAGACACUCCCUGAAGAAAUCACAGCAUAGCACUCUCCUUUCAAGGACAGAUGAGACAAACAACAUCUGGUUUGCAUCUUGCCGGGACUCAAAACACAUCUGUGAGAAAGCAAGCUUUAAGAGGUGAGGGUGAGCAAACACAAAGCACUGCCCGCAGCGUCUGCCCCAAGCUGUGCGACCUCUUGUUCAUAUUAAUAAAAAAACUGGAGGAGGCUCAGGGGAGGCCUCAUCACUCCCUAUAAA